AUGGCAACCAAUCCCAGAAGUGGUUCCGGUGAUUCCUCUUGGUCUCAAGAUAGGUCGGUUCCAACGCUACCCUCAAAAGACAAUAAAGACUACACUUCUCUUCGCACAACGUCUGCCUCAUCACCCGAGACCCCUACAGAUAAAGUCGCAUAUGCCACAUUUACUGACGACGCGGGAAUUUUGGAAAAGAAGACGUUAAACAGAAAGAACUUCAAGCACUUGUCCUUAUCGUCUCCCGUACCACAGAAUGAGAUUAAACAUGAUGAGCUGCAUUUGAUACGAGAACCUACUUCGAUGAAAAGAAGACAACGACCAGCACCCAUACUCAACCUACCGAAUGGUACAGCAUCGUCGCAACCAGAACUAUCACAGAUGCGCCCUGUAAUGGCCCAACAAGCAACUGCACUGGCAAUAUUCGCCGAUUCGAGGCAAACUACGCUGAAUGUUAUUACAAGUCAAACCCUUAGUCGACCUAAUAGUGCUGGAAAUAUCCAUUUGGAUAUCAAUGCCAGCAACAGGAACAUUGAUCCUGAAAACCAUGCUUCUACCGAAAUGCUUAUCAACCUGAUGUCGCAACUUGAAUUAGACACUAGACCCGAUCUGCAGCGCAGCAAAUCCACACCUAAUGAUGUUGCUGGGCGUAAACGACAGACUGUUAUAUCGUCCAUUUCCCCAACAAAGAUGUCGGGCCAACAAGUUGAGUCAAAGGUUCAGCUAGUUGAUACUUUUCAUGAAACACGCUCACCCAUUGCUACAACAAGCAAGUUUAAACUACGCAACAAGGAUUUGCUAACCUUGAAACAAUUGGGUCUGGGGAACUCAGGCUCAGUCUCAAAAGUGCUACAUCUCCCGUCACAGAAGACUAUGGCGAAGAAAAUUAUUCAUGUUGAUCUGAAAAGCAUCAUCCAAACCCAAAUCAUUCGAGAAUUGCGAAUACUACACGAAUGCCAAUCCCCUUACAUUAUCGAAUUUUAUGGCGCAUUCUUAAAUAAUAACAAUACAAUCGUAAUUUGCAUGGAGUAUUGCAAUUGUGGUUCAUUGGAUAAGAUCUUGCCAUUGUGUGAAAAUCGACAGUUUCCCCUUUAUGUGUUGAAGAAGCUAUCAUUUGCCAUUUUAUCGGGGUUGUCAUACUUGUACUCCAAACAUAGGAUUAUUCAUCGUGAUAUCAAACCAAACAAUGUGUUGAUGACGCAUCGCGGUGAAUUCAAGUUGUGUGAUUUUGGCGUUUCGAGAGAACUUACCAAUUCCUUGGCAAUGGCAGACACUUUUGUUGGUACUUCAAUGUACAUGUCUCCAGAAAGAAUACAAGGACUAAAUUAUGGCGUCAAGUCCGACGUAUGGUCCAUGGGGUUAAUGAUGAUUGAAUUGGCCAGUGGUCUUCCUGUAUGGACCGAUGAUUAUGAGGACGAGAAUGGUAACAGUGCAUACAAUAGUCUAAAAAGCGAUGUCAGCAACAACUCAUCGUUCAGAGGACCCGAAGGUAUAUUGGACCUUUUGCAACGAAUAGUCAAUGAGAAACCUCCAAGUUUGAAGCACAAGACCAACCCAGUAACUAAAUCACGGUACGAUACAGAGCUAUGCGACUUUAUCGAUUCUUGCUUGAUCAAGAAUGAGUCUGAAAGAAAGACGCCGUGGCAGUUAUUGGAGGACAAACAGGGCUUUUUAAGAGGUGUAGAAGAGGGCAUUUAUGACCAGGAUCAUAAAGCUUGGGCCAAACGAAUCAGAAAGAUUAACAAAGAGGUUCACGAAGCUGACAAGUAA